CUUGGGCUGCACUGACUCCGCUUUCACGCGUCUUCCGCCUGGCGGUGCUGAACUGCACACGGCAGCGCGUGAGUGUGAGUCCAUCCUCCGGUUGAAUUUUUUCCUCCACAUUCAGUAAUCUGACACCCACACUAACCCCUAAAAGCAGAGGAUGGAUUCCCAACUUCAUUCGUAAUAAUAGCUCAACUAGAGCCGACGAGAAAACACGGCCGAGCGGGGGAGGCGGAUGGGUGACGACCAUUCUCGGCGCUUCCAUGUGAGGAGACGAUGAAGAAUUACAUCAGGAGUCCCCGUCUAAACAAUCACAGCACGGAACGGAACAGCAGGAAGGGAUUCUGGUUAUCAGCUCUCGGGCUUCGCUUCUCUCUGCGCGAUUAUGGUUUCUGCAUGGCCACACUGCUGCUCUUCUGUCUCGGCUCACUGUUUUACCAGCUGAACGGAGGACCCCCUAAAGUUCUGCUGGAGAUCAGGCAGUAUCUCGGAGAAUCAACUUUUGUUGACGACUACGGGCCUCCUACACCAAGGGAGCUGCCAUUUCCAAGUGAGGUGAUCUACAACAGGGUUGGCAAGUGUGGAAGUCGGACAGUCGUCCUGCUGCUGAGGAUUCUGGCAGAAAAGCACCAGUUUAACCUGUUGUCCUCUGACAUCCAUAACAAAACCAGACUAACAAAGCAUGAGCAGGUGGAUUUGAUGAGAAACAUUAGCACUAUUCCGCAGCCUUUUUUGUACACCAGACAUGUGCACUUUCUCAAUUUCACAAGAUUUAGGCUAGAACAGCCUGUCUACAUAAACAUCAUCAGGGAUCCCAUUAACCGUUUCCUCUCCAAUUACUUUUUUCGUCGUUUUGGGGACUGGAGAGGGGAGCAGAAUCACUUGGUCCGCACACCCCAGAUGAAAGAUGACGAGAGAUAUCUGGACAUUAACGUUUGCAUCAUGGAGAACUACCCAGAGUGCUCUAACCCACGUCUCUUCUACAUCGUUCCAUACUUUUGUGGACAACACCCUCAGUGCAGGGAGCCGGAUGUUUGGGCUGUGGAGAGGGCCAAACAAAAUGUUAUAGAGAACUUCCUACUUGUAGGAAUUCUGGAAGAGCUGGAGGAUGUAUUGCUUCUGCUGGAGAGACUCCUACCUCACUACUUCAGUGAUGUCCUAUCCAUCUACAAGAGUCCUGAAUUUUGGAAGAUGGGGAACCUUACAGGAACAGUGAAGAAGCACAUGCCCUCUCUAGAGGCCCUGCAGGUGCUUUACCAAAGGAUGAAGUAUGAGUAUGACUUUUACAAUUUCGUUCGUGACCAGUUCCAUCUCACCAAGAAGAAGAUCGGCCUCAAGUCCGCCUCCCAGAACUCUAAUCAUGAACCUGACUUUCUCCAUGAGCUUGCCCUCAGGACCCAUGAGCCUUUGGAGGAGGAGGAGGAGGAGGAGGAGGAAGAGGAUGAAGAAGAGGACAUGGGGCAGGAAGAUGCCAACAUCUGGUUGGUUCAGCCCUGAGUAAUAGCCAUGGAGGUGUAGGCAUGGCAGACAUCUCAUAAGCUUGAUGUCUACGUCCAGUCAGGAGGUAGAGUCAAAAUUCCCAGGUUAAAAUUGGGUGUGUAACCCCUGUUUUAAAUGGGACGGCCCUGCAAGACACUCUCAAGUGUAGCACAGAAGGGUCUGAAUAAUUAUUUAAGGAACCAACAAUUGUGGCAAAAUGAUUUUGUUCAUGUUAAUGAAAUUGAGUUGGUUAUGGUCAUUUCCUGGUGAGAUGAUACAAGAUUGAAAUUACAGGGAUUUUGUUGGAUUGUCAGAAUGGAGGGAUGGACUAAUUGUGGUAUAACAGAAUGAGAUGCUGUGGAAGUCUGAUUUUUAGGCACUACUCCUGUACACCUGGAACCUGGGUGAUCGGACUCACACAUCAAGACACACUUUCACACGUAAACAAAUUCAGAUUACGCUAUGACUAGGCAAGUGAGGAUCACAACAACGUGCCAAACCUUCAAAGUGCCUAGAAGCUGUAACUGUAAUCACUGUAAACUACUCAAAAACACCAAUCAGCUCUCAUUAUCUUAUCAUCUCAUUGUCACUUGCUUCCCCCUCUGGUUCCAGAAACCUUCUGCAACUCUGUGCCAGAAUUUCAGUGCUAGUCUUUUUUGAAAGGAUCUUUUUUUAUAUUGUGCAUGUAAGGUGUUAUACAAGGAAUCAAACACUUUUGAAUGCCUGCAAGAUGUCAAAUGCAGCACACUGUUCAUCUAAAAUGUUUGAUGUGGAUGUUAAACAUUUCCUGGCCUUGUCAGUGAGUCAACUCUUGUGUUCAGUCAUUUUAUAAAAUUGGGCCUUAAAGUUCCCAUUUGGUACAUAAUGUGCUAAGAACACUUGAAGUAGUAGUUCACACGAAAAUGUAAAUUGUAAUGAUGUUUUUUUUAGCAGCAAUACAAUUUUAUCUAAUUUUUCUCAGUGUAUAAUGUAAAACUACUGGGAUAUCAAACAAUACCCUGCUAGUUACAGCUAAACAAUUCAAAGUUCACAAGUGGUUGACACCGUACUCAUAUGCCAGUGCCUAAUGUUUUGGGUAGGAUCACACAAAUUAAAACAAAGUAACAAGAGGGUAAUAUCAAACUAUAUUAAUUAUUUUGGAGGAAUAUACUUAUGAUCAAUCAAGCUGUCAGACAGCACAUGGAAAAACAAGUUUGACAACAGGACAGAAAAUGUUUCAUGAAUGUGAAAACAUGAGUUUGUAAAUUACAUUUAAACCCAAUUUAAAUGCUGCCCACAUAUCAACACCUAUAGGUCCAUAAGGUUCCUGUAGUGUAUUUUAACUGAAGAAUGCAUUAAUUAGAGGUCAGCCUGAUGGGGUAUUUUUGUUGAACUAUGCUGGUAAAGUGAAAUGAACGAUUAAUACAUGACUAAAUAAAUGCUAUAGCUACAAGCUCUCACAGAAUUUAACACUUCCCAUUUAAACUUGCCAGUUAAGUAUAUAGGUGUAUGUACUUGUUUUGUGUUCAAUGUGGAUUUUUAUAUUGUUUAAUUUAUUUUACAGUAUUACUUUUGAUGAUUGCAUUCCAUGUACGAAUCUCAGGAAAAAAAAAAGAGCAGAUAUAUUUUUGUUUUUUUUUGGCAUCUAACAGCUGGUAAAUAUUAAAGCAUCUGAUAAUUGUUACUUAAGGACAGAUGGAGUGACUCUUUUGGAUACCAAAAUUGAAUGAAAUUGCUAACAUUACAAAUUAACUGCACCUUUACUGGGAAAGCUCUCAAAAUAAAAGUAUUAUA